AUGCAGGGGACUCGGCUGCUGUGUCUGAUACUGGUGGUGGCGGCCUGCGGGGAGCCGGCAACCGCCCUGAAGUGUUACUCCUGCUUCGAGCCCACCAGCAUGUCCAGCUGCCUCGACGUGGUCACCUGCACAGCCAACGAGACCAUGUGCAAGACCACGCAGUACUCCCUGGAGACUGGGUAUCCAUACCUGGGGGACUUCACGAUGACCAAGUCCUGUGCCAGUAAGUGCCAGCCUUCCAAUGUGGACAGCAUUGGCCUGACACGACCAGUGUCCUGCUGCAACACUGACUUGUGUAACGUGGACAGUGCCCCCACCCUCGGAGGUGCUGGAGGCCUGGCCUUCAUCCUGACAUUCAUCCCUCUCUGGAACCUUGGACACUAG